UGUGUGAGGCAUUAGCCCUGUCUGCUCUCCUUGGCACAUCGUGAAGCCCCGGGGAGUUUCCCUUUUAAAGAGGUGGCCCUUCAAAGCUGGAGAACUCGGGAGCAGGCUGUCUGUCUCUCUGGGUUUCAGCCACAGGACUGAAGCUACAUUUGUACCCCCUGACCUGCGUGUGCCUGUGGCCAGCACAGGGGUGCCAAGGCAGCUGUGGAAGCAGAUCCCUGGGGACCUUGUAAUGUUGGUCAUCUGGUGGCUCUGGCCUCUGCUGGCCGUCUGUGCUUCCACCUCAUUCCGGAACAAGGCAGAGGAAAUCAUGAAGACUACACCGGUCAUUGAUGGGCACAACGACUUGCCUUGGCAACUGCUGAAGUUGUUCAACAACAGGCUGAACAACUCGGAGGCCAACUUGAACACACUGACUGGGACACAUACCAACAUCCCGAAGCUGAGGGCUGGCUUUGUCGGGGGCCAGUUCUGGUCCGCAUACUUGCCUUGUGACACCCAAAACAAAGACGCUGUGAAAAGGAUAUUGGAACAGAUGGAUGUCAUUCACCGCAUGUGCCAACUCUAUCCUGAGACCUUCUUGUGUGUCACCAAAAGUUCAGGUAUCCAACAGGCUUUUCAGGAGGGGAAAGUGGCCAGUCUGAUUGGUGUGGAAGGUGGUCACUUAAUCGACAGCAGCCUGGGUGUCCUGCGGACGCUCUACCAUCUGGGCAUGCGCUACCUGACCCUCACCCACAACUGCAACACACCCUGGUCUGACAACUGGAUGGUGGACAGAGGAGAUGACGAAGCUGAGAGCCAAGGACUGUCAGAGUUUGGGAAGAGAGUGCUGAAGGAGAUGAACCGCCUGGGGGUCAUGAUUGACUUGUCCCAUGUGUCUGUGGACACCAUGAGGGAUGCGCUGCAGCUGUCCAAGGCCCCAGUCAUCUUCAGCCACUCCUCAGCCUACAGCGUGUGUCCACACAGGCGGAAUGUGCCUGAUGAAAUCCUCGAGCUGGUGAACAAGACGAGGAGUCUGGUGAUGGUCAACUUCUACAGUAUGUUUGUGUCCUGCUCAAAGGAUGCCACCCUGUCUCAAGUGGCUGACCACUUGGACCACAUCAAGAAGGUGGCAGGCGCUGAGGCUGUGGGCCUUGGAGGAGACUAUGAUGGCGUUACAGAGCUUCCCAAGGGACUGGAGGAUGUUUCCAAGUACCCAGACCUGAUAGCGGAGCUUCUCAGGAGGAACUGGACAGACACAGAGGUCAGAGGUGUACUGGCUAACAACCUGCUGCGGGUCUUCUCUGAAGUUGAACAGGUAAGCAAUAACAUGCAAGUUCCUGAGGAAGAGCCUAUCCCCCUGGAAGAGCUGGGCGGCUCCUGCAGGACACAUUAUGGCUACUCCCAAGCCUCCAGCAUCCACCUCCAGAUGGGGGCCCUGCUGGUCCCCUUGGCUUCCUUGCUCCUCAGUCUGCAUCCUCUGUGAUACUGAAGGACUAGAACCUCUCGCAGUGCUCUCAGAGCUCAGGGAAGACUGGACAUGCCAAGAGCCCAUGUUGUCCCUGCAAAAACACACCCUUUCCCAAACAAGCAGCGGGCUUACCUGGGGACAGUGCAAGACACAGGCAUACAAUAAAUGCAAUGACCUCUUUAA